UUUGACUAUUUCGGUAUUUCCCCCCAAAUUAUGUAACCAUCGAAAUUGCAUACCGCCUAAAACUCCGAUUCCCGUUCACACACACAACGAAACCCUAACGAAAAAAAUCGAAUCAAAUCUUCAAAGUUUUGCGUUUUCCAAUUUCAAUCAAGGUAUUUUUUUGCAUCUUCAGAUGCAGACGCAUACCCGUUAAUGGCGCAACCUUAUAGUGGAAGCAACAAUACGGCGUCGCCAUCUUCAUCGUCGGCGGCGGCGGCGGAUUCGUACAUCGGAAGUUUCAUCAGCGUUACAUCCAAGUGUGAGAUUCGUUACGAGGGGAUACUUUACUUCCUCAAUCCCGAUGACUCCACAUUUGGCCUCAAAGACGUGAGAUCAUAUGGAACGGAGGGGAGAAAGAAAAAUGGGCAACAAGUUCCUCCACGCGACACAAUCUACGAAUACAUUCUGUUUCGUGGCAGUGACAUUAAAGAUUUACAAGUUAAAACUGCACCAGUUCAAACAGAGGAACCAUUAUACAAUGAUCCUGCAAUUAUUCAGUCAAACUGUUUUAUGCCCCCCACAAGUUUAUCAGAAUCAGUUUCAGCUACCAAUGGCUCUUCAACAGAAUUCAACUUUUACGGUGAACCCCCUGCAUCAACUGCAAGAACCAACCAGAUUACAAUGCCUCCACAUCAUUCUGGAACUGAGUCGGGAAUAUGGGGUUCUUCUCAGUUGCCUACUGCUGCGUCAUCUUAUGUCAUGCCAGCACAAUGGCAGGAAUAUAGUGGAGCACUGGGAACUAAUGCUGCUCAUCCCUUGCAGAAUCAGGCAUCGGCAGCCAUGGCAGAUAGAAAUUUAUCUGAUAAUGUUUCUUCCGGGCAUUCAUUUGCAACUUCUAAUUCCACCAGUUUAACAGCUACACAAACUCUUUCUUUCGAGCCACCGUCUAUGUCCUUUACUGGUCCACUUUCUUCAAAGUCAUCUCUGCCUUUUCAUCAAUCUACAUUGGUAAAUUCUAAUGGAUUGACCAUGCCUUUUGCAUUAACCUAUCAGAACGCAAGCAGCAUUGAAGCUCAAGUUGUUAAUAAAGUGGUUCCUGACCCAGUAUCAUCACAAUCUGUUCAGUCCUCAACGUAUUUCACAUCAUCUGUUUCAGAUCCAAUAACGGAGCCCACUGAACAUUUCCUAGGAAAAAUGUUGUACCCUGAUCAGAAGGAUAUGGGUGUUACAAGUUCGGUUGCUCCUAAUUUUGCAUCCUCAGCUGCUACUGCUUCUCAACCACCACUUUUGCCACUGCCACCACCCUCACGGAAGCUGCAUGACUCGUUCCAGUUUACUGAAGAAUUUGAUUUCCAAGCAAUGAACGAGAAGUUUAAUAAAGAUGAGGUUUGGGGGUAUCUUGGAAAAGCAAACCAGACAGAUGAAGUAGAGGGGAUACAGCAAAAUGGAACAAGUAACCAUAAGUCGUGGGGUGAUAACCCUGACAGGAUAUCCAAGACUGAUUCCAAGCCUGCGUAUAACAAAGACGACUUCUUCGACAACAUUUCUUGUCAAACAAUCGGCCAUGGAGCUAGGAAUGGACAGAAUCAAUUACCCGAGAGAGUGAAAUUGAACUCCGAGACAUUCGGUAAUUAUCAAAGGAGACCUCCGUUUGGUUAUGGUGAACAUAGAGGUGGACGAGGUGAGCAUCGUGGCCCGCACAAUUGGGGAAGGGGUUAUUAUAACUACGGCAAUAGAGGCCGUGGGCCCUACUUGCAGAGAUGACAUGGCAACAAUUCAUGAUUUCAAAAGGCAUAUGCAGUUGCUGCUGUUAAACUCGUCACAAAACCAUCUUUCUAUUUUACUGUAAGCUUAUUUAUUCUCAACGCUGAACUCUUCGGGUGAAGAAUAACAGGAUUAUUAUUAGUUACGGCAGGGUUCAUAUAUUUUUUUUGGUUCUUGAACCUGCCUCUUGUCUUGUCUACGAAAAUACCACUUUAUUUGGCUGAUUAUAUGUUUUGAACAGCCGUUUCAUUCCGAUUAUACAUAUAGUUACAAAAAUUUACUACAAAAAAAAGUUGCACCGA